AUGAUGCCGCGACCCGGAGUACUACUUCGAAUGACGGGCCAACGAUCGAAGAGGCAUCGGAGGCAGGUGCGCAGUCGGCUGGAAGGCCACGGGGCCAGCGACGACCAGGAGGGCUACGAAGAACAGUUUGCCGUUCCCGAUGCGGCUCCCGACGAGGGAGCCGCGAAGGGCCGCGACGCAAGUCGCGGUCCUACCGGUCGGAAGCCUGCAAAAGCCGACGACCAACAACAACCCACCGCCAAGGCAAACACGAAGCGCAAGUCACCCAAGAGGAAGAAUAGGAAAUUGCGCGCGCCGGACUCGGCGGAGGAGUCGCUGUCCAAGCCGCAAGGCAAGAACACGGGACGUCAGUACACCGUCGAGGAGGUACGGUACGUCGUGGCGCGCACGGUGCUCUUCCGUCUGCUAGAACUAGACCCCAUCUCGGUCUUCCUCAAGCCCAUGCUGAUGAGCAACUUCACAGGCCCCGUCGUGGCGCCGGACUUCGAUAGUCUCACCAGCGGUGCCCACGCCUCGCCGACUCUCUUCCAGAUGCUGCGUGACUCGAGGUUCGUGCUGAGGGCUUUCGAGAUGGAGAGGCUGUGCGAUUGGGACCUCAAAUCUUGGUUACGUGCGAUUCGCGUCGUGCAGGAGCCCUUGACGAUUCUCGCCGGAUCCGUCAAACAAGACGCGACGAGUUCCGCGACGGGCCAAGACGCGCCGAGCCCCUCGGCGGGUCCAGCCCAGACUUCGACGACCACGCCCUCGCCUCCACCUCGAUACCAAUCGAGCGUGGACUCCGACAGCAGUUUCGAGUCGCCCAAGCGCAUGCCCAUGAACCGGCCGCCGCGCAUCAUGCAGCUACCCGCGGCGCCCACACGCACAGAGGUGACGAAACCCGCCGAGGAGGUGCUUCCCAAGGCCUUGAGAGAAUCUAUCAUCAGGCUGAUGCAGACGACAGUGAUGAACACCCCGCGCGCCGACACGGCCGCAAUUUCGACGGGGCCGAAGCCGCCCUCGAAUCCCACACCCACGGUGGCUCGCCCCCAGGAGGCAGCGGAUGUCGCCAUGGAGUCGGUCAGUUCGCGUUCUUCGACGAGGUCCAGAACUCGACGCGACGCGGACGAGGCCACGAUGACCUGUUCGACUUGGACAUCGGAGUGCCAAGAACCGCGGCCGCCGUCUCGACGGCGACAGCCGGCGGCGUAG